AUGGAGGAGGGCGAAGAAAACCAGGGCUCUACGUCCCAAGGGUCACCCCAAGACACUUCCAGAGUUUCAAGUGGUAACACUAGUGCGGAUGAAGUUCAGGCCCCAGCAGGGGGCGAGAAGAGGAAAGGGAUGUGGCCAACCGAGUCGGAGAAGAUCUUCCGCAAGGGGCCGUCAGAACACCGCUUUCAGCUCCACCCUUGGGAAGUAGAGGCACAAAUGCGGUCGGAGCGGAUCAGUGUGUCUAAGAUGCUGAUCGCCAAAAGGGCCAUGAAUGUCCGCAGACACAUUCCUCCAGAAAUGUUCCAAGACGAUGGAGAAGCCUUCGCCUCAAUCAGCCCGCACCACCAGAAAGGCAGAAAUGCGACUGUGAUACACCAGGGGGAAAUCGAUCAAUCGACACAGGCCCAGGUAGGCCCCACAGACCCAGAAGAGGUGCGAUGCCUGCCCCCGAGCCCUCUGCCGACGGCCCAGGAGUCCGAGGGAAAGCGGCUGGAUCCAGAGGCAGCCCGAGACCAGAAGAUCGAAGCCCGGUCAGAAGAAAAGGUCCAGAUUUCCACCUGCUCGCCCUGGUGUGUGUCUUCUCCUGAACCCACGGGGACAGAGGAAUACUCGGACUUCAGUGGCUUACAGCUGUUGGUCGAUGUAGCUGUACAAAAGGCUGCUGAACUGGAGCUACAGAAGAAGCAAGAGCCCAAUCCCUGA